AUGCAUAAAAGAAUCCUAAACACUAUUUUACAAAAAAAAAGAAAAAUAAAAAAAUCAUCAUCGUUUCUAAACUCAUAUUAAAUUUCUUCUGUUCCUAUUUUAUUAAGAAAUAAAAGUUGUGAAUGUGAAGAGUGUGGAAGAGGAAUUAAAAAAUAAUUAGAAGAGUAUUCAUCAAGUUAAUCAAAAGAAUUGAAAUUUGCGCCUAAAUUUAUUGCUUAACAUGAAAGAAUAAAAUAAUCUGAUAUACCUUAAUCAAAUGAAUUAAAACUAAAAAAGUACAUUUUAAAAUUAUUGAGUCUUAGGAAUUUUUUUUAUUUAAUUACACCAAAAAAAAUCUUAUUGUAAAAUACUAGCAUAGAAUAACCAUUAAUCAGUCCAACACUAGAAUAACCAAAGAGGGAUAUCUAAAAAUUGCAUAGGCUUAUAGAAAAAUACGACAGCAAAGUUGAAUCUAAUGCAGUAUAAAUUUGUAAGACAAUGCCAGAUAUAGUUGCUAAUCCUAUUAAAAGAGCCAAUGUUUAGAGAUAGAAAACUAAACAUUAUUCCUUUAUAAAGUUACUACCGCUAGUAGAUGAUGAUGAUAACUAAAAUAACUAUCAUACUAAUUCUUCUAGUUCUCAAUUAAAAACUCCACUUAGAAUUCAAGUUUAUAAAGAAUUAAAAGGAAGUACUAUUUUAUAAUAGUUGUAAACUCCUAUAUUUUAAAAAUCUAAAUUUAAUAAGAGUCAAAUAUUAGAUUUUGCAGAUGGGAUGAAAAAAGCAAUGGAGAAAAUUAAAGAGAUGGAUGAGAUAUCAAAUGCUAGUAAAAUGAUAAGUACAUAAAUAAAUGACGAAAAUAAAAUGAAAAACAAAGGAUCAUUAUUAUUAAAGCCUAUUUUAGAUUGUACAAGACUUAUAGGAAAAGAUCCUAAAAUUAUUCGAUAGUUAGAUGUAUUUGAAAGACCAGAAUCCACAUAGUUAAAAUAAAUCAAAUUAGCAAAACCAUUUUUAUAUAAAAAUAUUUAUUUUUCAAAAAUAAAAAGAAAAUGA